AUGCUUACAAGGAACUGCUUCUCCCUGCUGCUUUGGGUCCUGUUUGAUGGAGGUCUCCUAACACCACUGCAGCCACGACCAGCACAGCCUUUAGAAGCAGAGCCAAGGGAAGAUGCUGCCCCGGGGCCAGGGAGGAGGUCGUCUGCCCAGCGAGUCAAAAGAGGCUGGGUCUGGAAUCAGUUUUUUGUGCUGGAGGAGUACAUGGGCUCUGAACCUCAGUAUGUGGGCAAGCUUCACUCUGACCUGGACAAGGGAGUGGGCACAGUUCAAUACACUCUUUCAGGGGAUGGUGCUGGGACAGUUUUCACCAUUGAUGAGACCACAGGGGACAUCCAUGCCAUAAGGAGCCUGGACAGAGAAGAAAAACCUUUCUACACCCUCCGGGCUCAGGCUGUGGAUGUGGACACCAAGAAGCCUCUGGAACCCGAGUCAGAGUUCAUCAUCAAAGUGCAGGACAUUAAUGACAAUGAGCCAAAGUUCCUGGAUGGGCCUUAUGUUGCCAGUGUCCCAGAGAUGUCUCCAGUGGGAGCCUAUGUUCUCCAAGUGAAGGCAACAGAUGCUGAUGAUCCAACCUAUGGGAACAGUGCCAGAGUGGUUUACAGCAUCCUUCAGGGCCAACCAUAUUUCUCCAUUGAUCCCAAGACAGGUGUCAUAAGAACAGCUUUGCCCAACAUGGACAGAGAGGUGAAGGAGCAGUACCAAGUUCUCAUCCAAGCCAAGGACAUGGGAGGGCAGCUGGGAGGCCUGGCUGGGACUACCACUGUGAACGUCACCCUGACGGAUGUCAACGACAACCCACCCAGGUUCCCCAAGAGUAUCUUCCAUCUGAAGGUCCCUGAGUCCUCCCACGUUGGAUCUGCCAUCGGAAGGAUCAGAGCAGUGGACCCUGACUUUGGGAAGAAUGCAGAGAUUGAGUACAACAUCAUGCCAGGGGAUGGUGGCAACCUGUUUGACAUCACCACAGAUGAGAACACCCAGGAGGGAGUCAUCAGACUGAAGAAGCCCUUAGACUUUGAGACCAAGAAGGCUUACACCUUCAAGGUGGAGGCCUCCAACCUCCACCUGGAUCAUCGCUUUCACUCCGUGGGGCCCUUCAAAGACACUGCCACUGUGAAGAUCAAUGUGCUGGACAUGGAUGAACCUCCAGUCUUCAGCAAACCUCUCUACACCAUGGAGGUGUAUGAGGACACUCCUGUGGGGACCAUCAUAGGGGCAGUGACAGCACAAGACCUCGAUGCUGGCAGCAGCUCAGUGAGGUACUUCAUUGACUGGAAGAAUGACAUGGACAGCUUCUUCACAAUAGAUGCCACAGAAGGAACCAUUGCCACCAAUGAGCUGCUGGACAGGGAAAGCAUAGCCCAGUACAACUUCUCCAUCAUUGCAAGUAAAGUUAGUAACCCACUCUUGAGCAGCAGAGUCAACGUCGUCAUCAACGUGUUGGACGUCAACGAGUACCCUCCGGAGCUCUCGGUGCCCUACGAGACAGCUGUGUGCGAAAAGGCCAAGGCAGGACAGGUGAUCCAGACUGUCACUGCAGCAGACAAAGAUCUGUCACCAGCUGGGCAAAGGUUUUCCUUCAGGCUGUCACCUGAGGCCUCCAACAAACCAAACUUCACAGUCCAUGACUACAGAAACAACACAGCUGGGAUUGAAACCAGGAGAAAUGGCUACAGCAGAAGGCAGCAGGAGCUCUAUUUCCUCCCAGUAGUGAUAGAGGACAGCAGCUACCCUGUGCAGAGCAGCACCAACACCCUGACCAUCCGUGUCUGCAGGUGUGACUCUGAUGGCACCAUCCUGUCCUGCAACGUGGAAGCAAUCUUCCUGCCAGUGGGGCUCAGCACCGGGGCACUGGUCGCCAUCCUGCUCUGCAUCAUCAUCCUCCUAGUGCUGGUGGUGCUGUACGUGGCGCUGCGGAGGCAGAGGAAGAAGGACAGCCUGAUGACCUCCAAGGAAGACGUCCGAGAUAACGUCAUCCAUUACGACGACGAAGGGGGUGGGGAGGAGGACACCCAAGCCUUCGACAUCGGGGCCCUGAGGAACCCCAAAGCCAUGGAAGAGAACCAAAGUCGCCGGGACAUCAAGCCGGAGACGCUGCGCUGCCCGCGGCAGAGAGCGGCGGUGGAGGACGGCGCAGACAUCAAAGACUUCAUCCACCAGCGGCUGCAGGAGAACGAUGGCGACCCCACAGCGCCCCCUUAUGACUCCCUGGCAACCUACGCUUACGAAGGGGCCGGCUCUGCGGCCGAGUCCCUCAGCUCCAUAGAUUCCCUGGCCACAGAGGCAGACCAGGACUACGACUACCUGAGUGACUGGGGGCCUCGCUUUAAGGUCUUGGCAGAGAUGUUUGGAGAAGAGGAAAGUUAUCACCCUGACAAAGUCACCUAA